GUUACAGCCAGCACAUAAUGCCACCACCUGUCAGCAUGGGCUUUGUUGCACCUAAUGCAGGGAAGAUGAGUGACUCUCAGAUGCCAGGACAGUACCCACAGUACAGCGCUCAGUAUCCCCAAGGUAGCUUUGGGAGGCCGCAGCCAAACAUUGGAGGCAUGAGUGGGUCUCCAGUUUCUGGCCCAGUACAAAACUAUCCAGGAUCUCAAGCCAGCAUGUAUCAAAAUGGCCCCAGUCAGAUGUCUGCUGCACCCAUGUAUGGAAACAUGCCUGGGAUGGUCAGACAGCAGGGAUAUGUUCCCAACUCUGGGCCUUACUCCCAAGGAAGUGCCAGCAUGGGAGCUAUGAUGAACAGUCAGUAUGCUGGUUACAACUCACACAUGCCAAUACCAGGACAGCACAGCAUGCAGCAACCGCCAGGAGCUGCAGGUCAGAUGCCUCUGGGAAUGAGUGUGCAGCAAGGAAGCAUGACCGCCCAGCAGCACAGUUCCUCCUCCAAUAAAGCGGCCCAGGCUGCACAUGCAGCAAUGAUGGCAGCGGCAAGUUCCGUAGGCCCUCGUAUGGCUCACAUGAGAGCUUCCGUGAACCACUCCAGAGGCAUGUUUGGACAGCCCAGCGGGGGACCUCUAGCCCAGAUGAACAGCAUGACAAACUCUCCAAACCUAGGUAGUCCAAGUUUGAACAGUAUGUCUCAUGCUGUGGACCAGCUAGUGAGGAAAAGCUCUAGUGGAUUAUCACCAUACAUGGGAAACUCAUCCACCUCAACCCCUUCCCCAGUGCCUAAAGCAGCUCACAGCCCUGCAACAAUGACAAGCAGCAGCACACCCUCCAGCAUGGCCCACAGUGUUGGGCACGGUGCUCUGCAGACAUCCCCAACACCCGCUUCAGAAACUCAUGAAUCGUUAUCGCGUCCCAGCUCCACCACAGCUCACCAUCCAGAUUAUCAGAACAGUGAAUCCACAAUGGGCUCUGACAGCUCAGGGGGCAUGCCUAGUGACUCCACAUCAGUGGACAGUGGUUUUCAUUCCUCAGAUCAGGGUGACAAAACUUCAGACUCUCUUGGUAACUUGAUUCAUUCUAGAACCUCGCCACCUAUAUCUGGCCCUUCAGCCAAUGGGGAACCCUCCCGGACAUUGGAAAACAUUAGCCCACCAAAUCAUGCUAGCCACUCUCACCAGCACAGAAACCCGAUGCAAAUGCAUCAUCAGCCACAACACUUUGACAUGGGUCCGGAGUCCAAGAUGCCUUACAGCAAUGACAGUGGUGUACCUUUGCCUCCAUCUGCCAUUUCAUCAAUGCCUUCAUCCAGCAGCAGUUUUGUUACCACAUCCAACAUAGGGCCAUUGUUAACAUCAGUCACACAAAGUAUAGCUUCACCAGUCACUAGUGUAUCCACAUCUGCUCCACAUCAUUACAGCCACCCACACCCACACCAUAUGGGACCUCUUGGCGGUUCCCCACACAUGAUGAGUCAUAUGAUGGGUCCGGGGCCACAGGGUAUGAUGUCCAAUGGAAUGCCCCUGGGUGGAAUAAUGAGUGCAGGGCAGAUUGGCGGUCCUGGACAUAUGCCACAAAAUAUGGCAGGGUCUCCACACAUCAUGGGAGGACCGAAUAUGAAUGUCCACCAAAAUGGCCCGAUGAUGGGGUUGAAUAGGCCACAUAUGGGACACGGGAGCCCAGUGAUGUCAAGCCAUCCAGGGAUUAACAGCAGUAACGGUGCCCCCAUGCCUCACAUGGGUCCUAUGCUAACUCAGCAGCAGCAGAUGAACUGCAUGCCCCAUGUGGGUAACAACAAUUCUUUCUCUGAUGAGCCACCAGAAAAGAAAAGGAAGACUAAGGAGUUGGAUGGCCAGACUGGGCCUUGCUCUGGCUCUGCAGGGCCACUCUACUCUGAGGAACCAAGCAGUCCUGGGGCCCUUAAGUCAACAUCAGACCUCAGUAAGUUAUUUGAACUGGGGCCUGAGCCUGACCGGCGUCCAUUCCUGGAGCGCAUUCUUGGUUUCUUAGAAGAGAGCGGCCAACCAGUCACAGCUCUGCCAAUAAUCAGCAAGACACCACUAGAUCUGUACAAGCUGUACUUUUGUGUUCGAGAAAAAGGUGGAUUUGAAGAGGUAACAAGAAGUAAAAAGUGGAGAGAUGUCUGUACAGUUGUAAAUAUUGGCACCUCAGCCAGUGCUGCUUUUACAUUAAAGAAAAACUACAUUCGAUACCUCUUUAACUAUGAGUGUAAAUAUGACCGAGGAGGAAUUAACCCUGCACCCAUCCUCGCUCAGAUGGAGGCUCUGUUGGCCCACAAGAGGGAGCAGAAGAGCAAACGGGCACCAUCUCCAGGUUCAAACUCAAAUGAAUCAUUCCGACCACCGAGUGUUCCCAGCAGUGAUUCUUCUUCCUACCAACAACAACCAGCUAUGCCUCCUCCUUACAUGCAGAACCUUGAUGGUGGUAUGCCUAAUCCACUUGUGAGCGGGGGUGUCAUGAUGGGGAGUCCAGGCCCUAACUGUGGAGUGGGCAGCAUGAUGGGAGGCCCUCAAACCAUGGGUCCCUCUGGGAUGAUGGGAAGCCCAGGACCCAACAUGAUGCACGGACAGCAAGGAAUGAUGCCGCCAAAUGUGGGAACAGGGAAUGUCAUGGGUAGUCACAUGAUGCCAGGCGGGCCUGCCGGUUAUGGUGGCCAAAUGAUGCAGCAUGCUGGAGGAUCAGUAUCCCACGCUGUCUCUAGCAGUGCUUGCGGUCCAUCCGUCCAUUCUCACGGCAUGUCGGCAGCCGGACCCAUGCCAGCUACUGGAGACAGUAUCAGUGUUCAGGAUCCAUUUUCAGAUGAGUCAGGCUACUUGCAGCAGCGGGGAGGCCAGCUCCCACCGGCGCUUUCCCCACAGUUGGUGUCAGUAGCCACUUCCACACACAUGGCAAGUACCUCAAGCCGGCCAGUGCCAUCUGCGGGAUAUACUGGCCCAGAACAACAGGUUGGUGGGUUUCCACCAAAUUCCAGCGGACUGAAUGAUCCGAUGUCUGCCAGCGGGGAUCAUUUUCCUUUUGGUCAACAGUUUGAACGACCUGACAGGUUUGAUCAGUCCAGUCCUAGUAUGGGUGUGAGACCUGCUGUUGCUAGUCCUGGCAUGCCACCAUUACAACAGCCACCUCAACAGCCAGGGGACAGCAGUAGCCCACAGAUGUACCCAGGACCUCGUUUUCCAGGACCCCACCAGCCUGUUGGCAUCAGACCACCACCGGGGUCUGAAACUUCAGGGCCGUACCCCCAGCAGGGACCCUUGUAUCAGAGCCAGGGAGGUCCUUAUCCGGGGCCUCAGUACCCAAACUAUUCGCAAACUGCUCCUGGGUCUUACCCCGGGCCAAGGCCAACAUCGGGUGUGGGUGGACCAUAUGGAACUCCUAGCAAGAGAUUCGCAGAUGAACAUGCAGCCUCAGGCCAGUUUGCUGACUGGUCUAGUCCAGGCUUGGGAAGUCAUGUGAGCUACCCAUCGGCACCUCCAGAGAGACAGGCUCCAUCACCAGAUGAUCGAAUCCGUGAUGGAGGACAGUGGUCACCCAUGCAGAGGUCUAGGAUGUCACAGAGCGGGCCGGGCUAUUUGUCACCUGCCCCGCCCUCAACUCCACCUAUGGGUCAGUAUGUCCGGCAGGUGACACAUGUCGGCUCCCCUCAGACUAGGGAGAUGUCCAGGAUUCCAGCGACAAAAGUACCUCCUGCUUAUGGAGGUCUACCAGCCACAUCUUUGACAAAGAAGGAAGUGACCUUUCCCCCCGACUGUGUGGAAAGCGUACACAUAUCCACCACUAAGAGGAAGAAACUGACCAGCAAAGAUAUUGCACCAUUUGAACCCUGGCGACUGAUGUUGUCGCUCAAGAGUGGGCUUCUGGCUGAGAGCACAUGGGCUCUGGAUACGCUGAACAUUCUUCUCUAUGAUGACAGUACAUAUGGCUACUUUGGUUUGAACACACUUCCUGGGCUACUCGAGGUGCUGACGGAGCACCUACGCCACUGCCUCAUGCAGAUGUUUGUAGAGUUUCAGGAUCUAGAAGGUCUUUCACACAAGAGAAAUCAGAAAGCGGUGAAAUCUGAAUCGUCACAUUCAUUGAAAUCACAAAAUCAGGAGCCUCAUGAUGAUAAAGUGUUUCAUUUUUCAGGCCCAAACUAUACAAUGAUGUCGAGAAAGAGUUUGCCCGUCAAAAUGGACCACAAUCCAGCAGACAGUUGCGUUUUAGAAGUCAAAGACUGGGAUAUGUACACAAAUUUUGACACCAAGCCAGACUAUUGGUUAUCGGGUCGAGGAGACAUUACAGAUCAUAUUCUGACACAUCUAGAAAGUGACAAUUCCAGCAAAUUUCUUUCAGGGCAAUUUAGAAAAAAACGAACCAGAGAACAAAGUAGUGAUACAGAACACUGUCCUCCCAGUUUUAGUCAUUCUGAAGAAGACUGUGAAAAUGUUACAGCAACAGAAUUAUUGCAGUAUGAGAGCAUGCUGUUUGUUGAUAGUUGUAAGAAAGAGAUGAAAAUCAUUGAGCAAACCAGGGUGCUCGAGGAAUCUCGGUCAUUGGUUGUUGAAAAUGCUGGACGGAGACCUUGUGACAGUAAAACUGGUGCUGAACUACACAACACUGCUAGAGAAACUUUCAGCUCUGCUGCCGAUCAUUCCAACUUGUGCAAUGGUGAUGACAUGUAUGGGGAGAAGUCACCUCCCAAUAGUGAUUUUCUUGUUAUUAAAAAUGAACCUUUGAUUGUGACUGAAGCAGACAUUCAGAACCAGACUGAUAUCAAGACUGAGCAGAUGAAGUUGGGCUUGAAAGACGAAACAAAUGACGAGGAAGUGGCAGAUGUGAAGGUUAAACAUCACAUAACAGAAAAAGUGAAUCUAUUUAAGUGUAAUGAAAAAUGUGAUAAUGUUGAUGAUGCUGAAAUGAAAACUGUGGAAAGAGAGAGUAGUUUUGAUGGUUCAAAGCCAUAUGAAAAUGGGGACAUAGAACAGCCAAAGCUGUCACCAAUAGCUAACCAUCUGAACUGUGACAGCUCUCUGUUGACCGACAGUGAUGUGAAAAACACAGGUGAAACACCUCUGCAGAGGGCAGCUGGUAUGGAAAGUGAUAACUGCAGUAACAGUUCACCACCAGUGCUGAAAGCAGAGGGCUUAGACAGCGAUGAAGAUGUGACUCAAGGCAGCAGUGAGCCCGCAAACAUCACAGAGGGUAACAGCGGUGCUGAAAUCAGCACAGAAAUAGAGACCAAUGCUAUGAAAGCUGUUUGUUCCACUGAUGACAGAUGUAAAGAUGAAGCUGAUCAAACUGAUGGAAAAGAGGAGGAGGAGGAGAUCAGCACUGAGCAGCAAGCAUUGCAAAAUUGUUGCAGUACAACAGUGUUGACAGUUGGUGGUGCUGAUGAUGCUGUUCCCAAUGACGGUUGUGUGUCUGAAAGUGAAGAAUUAUCUGCCAGCAUAGUUUCUGAAUUGUUGAAGCAGGAUGAGAGCAUUGAGGAGGAGGCUUUCCACAGAGAUGAUCCCCCUUUGUGUGUCACCCCCGAAAGCCGAGAGGAGCUAGGUCGUCGUUGUGUGUGCAUAUCUAACAUUAUUCGCUCUCUGUCUUGUGUCCCUGGAAACGAGGCUCGCAUUUCUAGAUACCCAGGCAUUAUGAGAGUUUUAGGGAGAUUGCUGCUCCUCCAUCACAGCCACCCAGCAAAGCUGCCUCGCAGGAAGUUGCCAUGUGGGGAUGAAGAGGAAGAGAGAGAAGAGCCUCCUCGGAUAUACGACGACGAACAUUGGUGGUGGGACUACCUUGAUCAACUCCGAGAGAACACGCUGGUUACCUUAGCAAACAUAUGCGGUGAUCUCAACCUGGGGAACUUUUCCGAACAGGUCUGCUACCCUCUCAUAGAAGGUCUUCUUCACUGGGUCAUCUGUCCAGCUUCAGUGGCCAGAGAUCCACUUCCUACUCUUCCUCCGGGAUCGGUACUGUCCCCGCAAAGACUUGUUUUAGAGGCGCUUUGCAAACUGUGUAUUCAUGAGAUUAAUGUUGAUCUUGUACUGGCCACAGGACCUGUAAAGAGGAUCAUUGAACUCUUCAAUGUGCUGGUCCAUCUCUUAGCUGACCGCAGUCAUCAGAUCACUCGGGAAUUCUCUGUUGUACUUUUGUCCCUGUUGGUAACUGGUGAGUCAACUGCAGCUCGAGCAGUAGCCCUUCAGCACCCCUCGGUGUCUCUUCUUGUUGACUUUCUGGAAGUUGCAGAACAAAAUGCGCAAGCUGUUAUUAAUAAUCAGGGAAUCGAAGUUUUGCAGAGCAAUCCUGAAAUAAUGGGCACCUCGCUAGACAUGCUUCGAAGAGCUGCUACGAUCCUGCUUCACAUGGCCCGUGUUCCAGACAACCGUAAGAUGUUUAUACACCAGCAGAGCCGACUUUUAAACUUAGUCAUGUCCCACACCUUGGAUCAGAGCGUGUCCAACACGCUGUCUGAGGUCCUGUUUGAGUGCUCUCAAUGUUCAUGA